CUUGGGUUGCGUUGUGGCGCGUGCGGGAAUGGCGCGGUUUUAUUGAGGGGCGGGCAGGAGGAGGAGCAGCCGGUGGCGGCGGAGGAGGGGCGGGUGGUCCCGUGGCUCGGCGGCAUCUCUGGGGAGGAUGCCGGUCCAUUCCCGGGAGAAGAAGGAGAACAACCACGAUGAGAUGGAGGUGGAUUACGGGGAGAACGAGGGAAGCUCCUCGGAGGAGGAGGACACCGAGAGCUCGUCCGUGUCCGAGGAGGGGGACAGCUCAGAAAUGGAUGAUGAGGACUGUGAAAGAAGAAGAAUGGAAUGCUUAGAUGAAAUGUCCAAUCUUGAAAAACAAUUUACAGACCUCAAAGAUCAACUUUACAAAGAAAGAUUAAGCCAAGUGGAUGCAAAACUACAGGAAGUCAUAGCUGGAAAGGCACAAGAAUACUUGGAACCAUUGGCAGCUUUACAAGAAAACAUGCAAAUCCGAACAAAGGUGGCAGGUAUCUAUAGAGAGCUCUGUUUAGAGUCUGUAAAGAACAAAUAUGAAUGUGAAAUUCAAGCUUCUCGCCAACACUGUGAGAGUGAGAAGCUCUUGUUGUAUGAUACUGUACAAAGUGAACUAGAAGAGAAGAUCAGAAGAUUAGAAGAAGACAGGCAUAGCAUUGACAUUACCUCAGAGUUAUGGAAUGAUGAACUACAGUCCAGGAAAAAAAGGAAGGAUCCAUUUAGUCCAGAUAAAAAGAAACCUGUUGUCAUAUCAGGUCCCUAUAUAGUUUAUAUGUUACAGGACCUUGAUAUACUUGAGGAUUGGACUACAAUAAGGAAGGCAAUGGCUACGCUGGGGCCACACAGAGUAAAGCCAGAACCACCUGUCAAAUUGGAAAAGCAUCUGCACAGUGCUAGGUCUGAAGAAGGACGACUUUAUUAUGAUGGAGAGUGGUAUGGACGUGGACAGACAAUAUGUAUUGAUAAGAAAGAUGAGUGCCCUACAAGUGCCAUAAUUACAACAAUUAACCAUGAUGAAGUGUGGUUUAAGAGGCCUGAUGGAAGUAAAUCCAAACUGUAUAUUUCUCAGUUACAGAAAGGAAAAUAUUCAAUAAAACAUAACCACAAUUGACCAUUACUAAUCAGAUGUGUAACAAGUGGUGUUAACAUGCUUGAUGUGCCAUGAGGUGAAAGAUGUAUUUAAUAAUGUUUUGUAUUCUCAUUAAAUUUAUGGCAGUAUCUGAUGUAUUUGUAGUACUGUAUGUAAACUUCAUAUGGAUGUCCUUGAAUGGUGAUGACUCUUAAUCAUGUUGACCAAGACAUUUUACCUCUAAGCUGGGUCCAGUGCCUAAGAUAUGAAGUAUGCCUUUACAGAUAAUGGCUGAACUUCUGAUUUAAAAAUAUUUGUAAAAUGCAAAACAUUUGCUUUUAUUAUUUGUGACUAGAUUGUGUGGUAACUGUGCAAUUAUUUUUUUACCAGCAGUUCACUUCAUAUAUUAAGUGAAUUGUCUUGUUUGUCUUGUGAGUGUAAGUUAAUCUGCACAAAUGUUGCUUCUGAAUAGUCUAAUGACUUACAUAUUCUUUUAUCCAAAGUGAACAGAAUUUUUUAAACUUGAGACCCUGGACAGUUCUGACUUUUAUAAGGUUUACCAUGCCACUUUUAACAAAAUAAAGUCAAUAUUAAGACAUUUAUGAGAAGCACUUUCUGGUACCCCAUAAUAAAUUUAAAAUGUUGGUGGCUUUCUUUUCUAAGUUAUGCAAGAACGUCACUAGCAAAGGCAAUGUAAAAUUAGUUACACUACAGAUAGAGGCAGUGCUAUAUGGUCCACAGAGGGCAUGAAUGCCUGGCAGUAUUACCAUGUAAAUGGUAAAUAACCAAGUAUUGUAUUGCAUGCUGUACUUGUCUGAUCUGUAGUCUUAUGAAACAAACACUUUUUGUCAAAAGUAAAAUGUACCCUCAGAAAUGGUAUCUCUGAGACAAAUUAACAGUGACCUGCUCACCAUGUGCCAUCUUUCCAGAUUUCCCAUAUUUUACUCUCUUCUUAAUGGAAUUGUUUCAUGCAGUUUAGAAAGUUAAGCUUGCACAGAAGUUAUAUUUCAGGAUAUCAGGGGCAGAGUUUGAAAUCCUUAAUGUUAUAGUACCUGUUUGGAGUAUGUAGAAUAACAGGUGGGAAUGGAGGAAAAAUAAGUUUGUUUGUUUGUUUUUUCCUGGUGGUUGUGUGCACUUUACUGUCUAUUAUGAUGACUCAUCUUGGAGCAAGGAAAACAUGCAUUUGCUUAAGUUGAUCAUGGCAAUGCAAAACUCUCUUUUGCCCUACAUAAUGCUUAACUGCUUUAUCUCUGAAAUGUCAUUGCUGGUGCAGGGUGGUAACUACUUGACUGUUGCCAAAAGUCUAAAAUAUUGGAGCUUUACAAUGAUAGAAAAGCAUUCCUCAGGAUAAACUGCAUGUCACAUUAACAUUAGUCAACUGUACAUAAAAUAACAAUUGAUGUGUUGGCUUUUGACAGUACUUACUGUAUGUACACAGUUUGAUAAAAAAAUUUGUAAUAAAAUAUUUGUAUUUUUUAACGUAGUGUAUAAAUGAUCUGUGAUAGUGGACACUUUGUACAGUUGUGUUGCUCUUUUUAUUUUUCAUUGAAAGUUGCAGAUGUUUAAUUCUAAAGAGAACUUAAAAAUAUUGUAGUUUUUAAUGUUGCCUAGAAAUGUUUGUCUUCCACAGAACCUAAAAAGGUGAAUACAGAUAUUUGACUGGAAAAUCACUUUUAAAUCCAAUAUCUUUGCAAUAAACUUAAAUAUAGAAGUCUAUAUUCCAGUAUAUGUAUGGACUUAUAUAACCAGAGAUGUAAUACAAGUCUCUGUCUUUUCUGGCUUAUUUACCCCCAUGUCUUUAAUAUGUGAAAGCUUAAACCCUAUAGAAGUAUAAGUCGUACACAUGUACUAAACAAGGUUUGCUUAGAAAAUUGUAGAAAUAUACACUCGUUAAUUUGAAAGUUAACUUUCUUAGUUUUUUCAAAAUCUUUGAAGAAGGAACUGUACAAGUUACUCAAAUGCCAUCUAAGUGUGUACAUGUGCAACUUUUAUUAAUUUAGGUUUGGAGAAGUGAAUGUGGGCAUUACUGUAAUAUGGACACUAUGCAUUACUCAAGCAUUUUUAACAGCUGACCACAGUAACAUUAAUAUACACUUUUGCCUGCAAGAAAGGGGAAUGAGCGUAAAGCAAACUUAAGCACUGUGGAAAGUAGUUUACAGUCUGGAACAGAUGUGCAGGGGAAUCUUAGUUUAUAUUGGGCAUGUAUCUUGAGAGUAGUGUCUUUGUACACAAGCUCAGUAUUUGCUGCUUUCUCUCCAUGCUAUCCCUUGCUGCUGGUAACAAGCCACUAUUACACUCUCCAGACCUGCUCUGCACUAACAAAUGUAUUGUCAACUAACCCUUUCACACUGUUCAGACACUAUGUGGACAAGUAAGGGCUUGCUUAGCAUUUGCAGCUAAACUGUGUUCAACCCCAGUUCAGAUAGCACAAUUGCUGCCCUUAAAUUUUGUAGUGUAGAGCAAGUGUCAGCCCUGGGUACAAAGUAAUACCUGUCUGCAGCUGAUAUGAAUGGGACAGAAUUGAGUUUGGGGGCUGGGGAGGAAAUUAGAAGUCUUUAUUGAAAGAAUGGGUUUAAAAAGCACAUUGCUUACUUUUUGACUUGCCUAAUUUACUCGAUAAAUCAUUUAAAGGAUAUGUCUGCACUGUAGCUGGGAGGUGAGAUUCCUGGCACAAGUAGACAGACUUGCACUAGCUCUGCUCAAGCUAGCAUGCUUAAAUAGCUAUGUGGAUCUUGGGCUUGGGUGGUGGCUCAGACUAGCUACCUAUGCUCAAACCUAGGGAGUUGGCCAGGCUUGGGGAUGGGUGACUAGCUCAAAUUGCCAUCUGUGCAGCACAGUCUAUUCUGCUGUUUUUAGUGCACUACCUCAAGCAGUGCUAGCAUGAAGCUUUCUACUUGUUCGGGCAAUCACACCUCCCAGCUGCAUUCUAGACCUACUUAGAGUAAGCACCUCUUUGGUUUGCCUGGCAAGUAAGAGGCUAAGAUACAAGUUAACUACUUAUUUUUAACUUGGAAUUUUUAAAAUUGACAUUCCAAGUCCAGUGGGUUUCCCAUUAAUUUCAAUGCAGAAUUCCUUUAUAUUUUGUCAAUUAUUUUACUUCUGAAUGCUCAGAAAAAAAGAGACAUGUCCAUGGAGUAAACAUGGAUAACGGUUGCCAGAGAAAAGCUGACAGUUCAAGAGGAGUUGAUUUGUUUUGCUAGCGCUCCCUAUUUAUUAGUGAUCAGGAAAAAAGAGGGAGCUGUACUGUGGCAAAAUUUGUAGACUCAAUUACUUAGUCAAAUGCAGAGAACAUACAGAACUUUAUAGGGACUUGACUAAGCUGCAUAAAAGGGAGGGGUCUACUAUAAACCACCAAAUCAGGAAGAGGAGAUGGAUGAGGCAUUUUUAGAACAAAUAACAAAUAUCCAAAACACACGAGCUGG